CUUUGUCAACUUUGAGAAAACAAAUACAAAAGUAGUAUGUGCCAGAAAAGCUUUACCCGGGUCUCACGCCUCUUUCUCUCUAAACCCAAGGUCCUCUUCGGUCCCUGCUUUUCUAGAUUCUAGUUUACCUCUUCUCAUUUUAUUACUACUAGAUUAGUUGUCUAUAAGUCAUACACUUUCAAAUCCAGCCAUGUGAUAGCUUUGUAAUUUGCAUAUAUAGCCAUUCAUGGUUUCCCCUGUCUGUUUAUUCCAAGUCUUGUUCCCCUCCGAUCCUCACGCCUCGCUGCAACCUUACAUCAUUCUCAAACGCCGGCUUAAGCUCCAAAAAGAAGAAAACAGAAAAGAGAAGAGAAAGCCUCUUGGAUGUUUGCUGCAUGCGUCUUGUUUUGCAACCCGCUUGUGGAUCAGGGAAUAGGUUAUGCUAUGCUAUAGUAAGAUCUAAAGUAAAUAUGGGUCUCAAGCUUUUGAAUCUACAUGCCAUUCCAUGUUGGUUUCACUUGCUCGGCAACCACAUGUCGUGCCUCCACCUGCAGCCUGAGCCUCGGCUUGGUACCAUCAAGAUCAUGGACUCUGACGGGCUUGUCAAGAUCUAUGAUCGUCCCGUCAAUGUUUCCGAGCUCAUGACGGAGUUCCCUAAGCACAUGAUUUGCCGUUCUGAUUCGUUUUACAUAGGCCAGAAGAUCCCAGCUCUCUCCUGGGACGACCAGCUCCAGCUUGGCCACAGAUACUUUCUUCUUCCUAAACAUUUUUUCCAGUCAGUUUUAUCGUUCGUUACCAUUGCCUCCUUUGCCAACGCCCGAUCUCCGCAAUCUCCGGUUCCAUCUUCAUCUUCUCGGGUAUCAAGUACUGCGCUGGUGAAGAAGGCUGCGACUUGCCAACCUUUCCAGAUACAAAAAAGUUCAUCCGGGUGCUUAAGAAUACGCAUAUCUGAUGAAUUUAUAUGGCAGUCGAUGGAAGAAGGCAGAAUGAGAGAGAGUGUUGAUGAGAGUUGGAGCAGAGUAUGCACCACCCCUCAGUUGCAGAAGCAGUACAAGCAGCUUGUGGGUUCACGCCAUUGGAAACCCAAGCUGGAGACCAUUAAGGAGAAGGAGAAAAGGAAGAUUUCGUCUUUCGGAAUGAUGAGGAAGAAGAAAUCACAGUUGAAGAACAACCUAAAGACUCAGAGAUCAUCUGAACACCAUGUUCAUGUAACUUGUGCCAAACCCCCGUCAAAACCCAAGAUUAGGAUUAAAUCAUCAAGAAAGUGAUCAAACCCAUUUUUGCUUUUAAAGUUCCUGUUGUAAAAGAAAUUACAGGUCUUCUUACUAGAGUUUAGAGAAGGAAAGUGAAUUAAACCAUCUCAAAUUACACUUUAAUCGUCUCGUAUUCUUAAUGGUUGGCUCCGCCUACCGUUAUUAAUUCUUGAUUUUGUUUGGUUUUUGUAUGGUGAAGUUUUGGACUGCAUAAGAUUUAGAACCGGAAAAGGUAAGUCUGAUACCAUACCAUCCAAGGUGAUGGAUGGUCAUAUUGGAUCUUCCACCUUUUCCAUUUUUUUUUAUAAACUCAUAACAAGGCAAACAAUCCGUAGGGGAUGUAUGAUACACACGACUAUGUGAAUCAAUUAAUGUAAUGUAAAUAUGUAAAUAUAUAUGUGUUGAACGCUGGUGAUGUCGGGUUGGUCAUUGUGUUUGGCAGAGUGGGACUGAACCCUUUUUUCCUAUUUUGUAAAGUGACAGCGUUGGGUCUUCGGAGAAGAAGGAGAGCUCGCGUGUCUUGUCUACUUUUUUUAUUGGAAGAAGGGACAAUCUGAUGUGGGCGGGCCAUCGCCAUUUAUGCACAUGGCCAACAACUUGACAAAUUAGCAGUCAAACCAAGUUAGCUUUCAAUUUGUAAUUUGCCUGCCAUUGCCAACUCUAUUUUCAUCGCUGUUCCCUAACGUGUGCCGCCACCA